AUGCCAAGAAGUGCUAGAAAUGUUAAAAGCAAAACACCAAGAGCCUCAAUAGGCGUUUCAGACUGGGAAUCAAAACUUUGCGAUCUCAAUUUGGACGAUGAAGUAUGGAAAAUGUCACUGUCCAUUCUUUCACCAUCACUAUUAACGGAAAAUGAGAUCAUAUCAAUUUUAGCAGCAAGCAUCGUCAAUGGGCAGCGUCAGAGAUUCACGGUAAUAACAUAUGAAGAUGUCCUGAAUCAAAUUUUCACUCAAUGUAAAGCCAAAAGUCAGAAGGAUGCUCCAGAAUUUUUUGAGAUAUGCAAUGUGGCUAAAAAUGCCAUUGAAACCGUCGAUGAAUUAAAUCCGCAGACACUUUCAAAAGUUUUGAAGUUUAUGUUCAACAGCAUAAAAACACUGGACAUUAAGCAGCAGUCAUUAAGAAAAUCAAUUCCGAAGACUAACCAUAUGGAGGAUACUAAGAAGAAAGAAAACCCAAAAGAUAAAAAAUCUGGUGCCAAAGUCAUAAAAUCACAAGAGCCACCAGUAAACAAAGAGAAAAGUAAACUUUAUAAACGUGGGGAAGAAGCAUUAGAAGAGAAAUACCUGGGUGAUGAACCAGAUAAUGGAAUCAGUCGAUAUAUUCUUCUUGUUAAUUUUGAAAAAUGUGGACUUUUAGAAGAGUUAUGUCGUCUAAAAAUAGACAUCCAUAGUAUUAUACGUUUGCAUGUAAAUGAUCAAAAACAACUUCAAAUAUUAAUCACCAAACAGAAGGCUGAAAAAAUGUGGGGUUCCAAAGGAUGUAAGCAAUGAAGUUAGUUGUAUCAUCAAAACACGUUCCGAU